AUGAAUGUGGCCUGUGCUCUCAAAUUUGAUCAAUAUGCUCUUAUUGUUGGAAUUAUUAUCAGGUGUGUACGUGUGAGGCAGUACGGCUCAAACUUGACAACGCCGCCUAAUUCACCGGAGCCCGAGCUGAUGACAGUGUUCGCAUAUGACGUGGAACCGAAGUCGAUGUCACUUCAUGUCGUUGUCGGUUUCAUCGUGUCAAACAUUGUCACAUUCGUCAUCGGAGCGGCAAUUGGUUUCGUCGUCUGUAAACGUCUCGUGAAAGAGCGAAAAAUUUGA